UCGAUAACCUAUUACAUUUUUCAGUUUAAAAAAUAAAAACAUUGGACUAGUUUUUAUUAUGCGAAAUUAGGCGGAGUUUUUGUAACGAAAGGAGAAUAUAUUUCGUGUUUCAGUACUGUGUGUAUUGAUAAAAUAAAAAUGAAAUCUGUCUUAUAUUUAAAUUGAUACCAACAGUCAUGGAAGAAACUAUAGAAAGACCAAAGGAAACGAAGUUUUUCUUUGCAUUUAUUAGCACUAUAAAAGCCUUUAUUUUAAUAUUCAUUAUAUUUAUAGUGAGUUACUUGCACUCCAAAUAUGUCAGUUUUUUAUUUGAAAAUGACAGAAAUUUCUCAUACCUCUCUGACUUGGAGCGAGAAAUGUCCUUCCGCACAGAAAUGGGAUUCUAUUACUCAUACUAUAAGACAAUUGUGGAGGAGAAACCAUUUGUUGCUGGCAUUUCUAAGUUGAUGUAUGAUCGAAUUGUCGAGUAUCCAAAGGAAGUAAAUGCCUUUAAUAGAUUUAAUAUACACCCAGAGGUCCUGGUAGGAGCUUUAUACCGUUAUUUAGAGCCAUGGCUCAAUACAUCUACAUAUCGCCAGUGCCACAUGGUAGACCGUGGAGAAGGCCACGAUCCUGUGCAAAGCUGUGUUGGUUUGGGACACCCAAUUUUCUUUUAUUUGGAGGCUGUGUGGAUCUUUGCUGGAGUCAAUGUUGCAGCAUUGUUUUUACAUGCUAUGGAAUUAAGUGAAAGCUACCUUGGUGGUUGUCUAGCUGUUCUACAAUACUUUGCCAAUCACGCAGAAUGUACAAGGGUCCAAUGGGCACCAAAUGAGAGGGAGAAUUUUGCUGGGCCCUUACUCUUGUUACAGACUUAUUUGCUGACCAUACAAAUACAUGACAAACGGAAUACUAUACAGCUACAGAUUGGAAUCUUAAUACUGAAUUGCCUCUGUCUCUUGUUUUGGCAAUUCACACAAUUCAUAUUUCUUACCCAAAUUGCCAUAUUCUUUUUGAUGGAACAGUUGAGAGUUAUAGAUACACGGCAACUUUCUAUUUUACUACACUCUCACUAUUGUGGAUUACAUAUGGCAAUACUUUUACUCCAAGGGAAUGAAAUGUUAAAAUCAUCGUUAUAUGCUUGCCUUUUUCUAGUAGUUUCUACAUAUUGUCUAUUCUUUAGUGGCCUUCGUAUAAAGGUCCAAAAUAGAUUUGACUUUUUUGUAGAGUCGUGGCUAGUUGUACUUAGAGUGUCUAUUGUUAUUUGUGGUUCGAUAUCAUUGAAAAAAAUAAUUAGUGACUUCCUUGAAGUGGAAGAGGACACACAUGUCUGGGAGAUUCUAUUUUCAAAAUUCACAGAUUAUAAAUCAUUCCAUACAUUGAUGUAUACUUGUUCGGAAGUUUUUGACUUCCUGCCAUUCAGUUCUAUCAGAAAUAUGAUUAAAACCUUUUUAAUUCCGUAUGUGUUAUUUGGAGUUGUUAACGCGGUAUACUUUUGGAUUAAUAAGAGAGAGAUAGAAAAUGUUGGUAAGGGGAUAGAAGAGAAUAGACUGAUCGACGACGAGGACAGCGGAAUUGAGAAUAAUGAAACGAAUAUUCGAAAAGAGGACACAGAUUUGGAUGUUUUAGAUAAGAAAAUAGAUAAUACAGAGAAGGAUAAUUUGAUACAAUUUCUCUCUGGUUUGUCUAUGGACGCUGCGGUAUUCUAUAAUAUAUCGCAGAUGGUUGUCUAUGGUGUUAUGGCAGCGUUAGUGAUGCGACUCAAGCUGCUAUUUACGACGCAAAUGUGCUUGAUGUCAUCUUUGGUGUUCAAGAAAAAGUAUUAUAUCUACCCACAUUCCGUUAUGAAAUAUUUAAUACUAAUAUUGCUUGUGGGUAUUAUUCCUAUGAUGUGCAGUCUAGUCAACAAUGUCAGUAAGGAGAUGUCUCAUAUGGGUGAAUUUAGUGAUUACAACCAAGAAGAACUACUGCUGUGGUUAGGGCAGCAAGGUCCCGGGGCGGUAGCGGGUUCGAUGCCUCUCCUCGCCACGAUAAUGCUCACAACAAAAAGGCCUAUAGUUGCGCAUCCUCACUACGAACAUUUGGAAGCGAGACAGCGUGCGUACACAGUAUACAAGAUGUACGGCCGUUUUUCUCCGCACGAGCUCUACCAGGAGUUGAGCAAACUUCGCGCUACUUACCUCGUCGUUGAGACCAAGUACUGUUAUGGAAGGAGCAGCAAAGGAUGCUCUCUAACCGAGAUAUGGGACUUGGAGUCUCCGAUAAACCGGGAAUCGCCGCCCCUUUGCGACACUCUUCUAACAACGACGGUAGACCAUUUCUACCCUCUUUUUCGAAAUGCGCACUACGCCGUUUUCAGAAUACAUGACCUAAGCGUGAGGUAUAUGCCAAGGAGUUUUGACACUUGACAUCAACAAGUGACAUGGAACUAAGAUUUGAGACUGACAUUGACAUUUCAUUAAAAUAUUUUUUUUUGCCUUCACUUAGCAUCUUCGCCUAUGACAUUGAUGAUUUAACGACAAUUAGGGAAUGCAAAUCCAAUUAUUUGUUUUCCCUCUGUACCUCGCAAACUAGAAAACUCUCCCUGAACGGUUUACUCCUCUUGUAUUUUUCGGUUGAUAUUUAAAAGUCUUCCUCAACAUUGCUAAAUACUUUUUGUAGUGAGAUUGUGAAAUUUUAAUCAUAGUUUGUAAUAAUUCUUAUCCGCACCAAGAAUGACUCUUGUAUGUCAGAAAUAGAUUUGAUAUACUUCACUUAGCUAAGUUUCUACUCAACCCUUAUUUAUAAAAUAUUCUUACUGUACUCUAUGAACUAAUAAUUUGUCUCUUUCUGUCAAAUUGUGUAUACACUGUGCUAAAAAGAAAUAGAUGAGACUAUGCCUUCCGACCAAUUCAUAAAAGGCUAACUGGUUCUAAAUAUCAGAUGAGCCUCCUGUAUAUCAAUUUUUUUUUAUGACCUGGUAACAUAGACCUUUAAUUCAUAACUUAUUUGGUAAAUGUUCGGUACUUUAGAGUGUAUAUCAAUUAAAAACUUAAAAUGUAGGUAAAAUUAGAAUUGUUAAGUAACUCGAAUAUCUUUUUUUUAAUGACUUUAAUUUGUGCCAAGCGGGCACAAGGUACUUCGCCAGUGUCGUGUAGAUGGAGAAGGCACAAAGGAGAUUGAUCAGUGAAAAUAAUAAUUAUAUGCACCUAAAAAAAUAGUUUUUAUAUAAAAAAAAUUAACAAUUAUGAGUAAGUAUAAGAAUUGUUAAUUAACUGGAAUAUCUUUGUGAACAGGUGUAAUUAUUCUGAUCUUGACAUCCUCUAGAAAAUCCUAGAAAUAAGGAAGAUAUCAUCAAUAAAGUUUACUUUUAACUAACAAUAAAGUACUAAGAAUGUGGAACUUCAUCGACGUAAUGUUAUUUGUACUUAAAAUCCAUAUUUUAAUAAAAUUACUGUCCACUUAAGCAACACUUUUCUUUUAAAAAGAAUUUGACAGAAAGAGUAAAUAGUAAUUUUAAAUAAAUUAAUAAAUUUUUAUUAAGUUAUAUUUGCUUGAUAACAGACUUAUAGAAAGAGAAGGGUGUAAGUUUGAAAUAUCUGUGUCUGUGGCGUCGUAGCUGCAAAACGAAUAGACCGAUUGUGAUGCAAUUUGUGACGCAUCAAGAUCUUUUCGUUAUAUCAAAUAGUCUGCAUUGAAGCAAAUAAAAAAUAUUUGAGUAUUUUGACAAUAAUGUGAUGUUUUAAUAUGUUGUGAAAUAUAUAAUUCUCUAAUA